CAAUGUUGAGAUCGAAAGGAAGAUUCUUUUUUUCACGGGUUUCAGAGAGAUAGAGAUCGAAGCUCAGAAAUGAAUCAAAGAGAGAAAAUGGAUUCUUUUUGUUAAUGCCGUUUUUUUUUUUUUUUUGUUUUUUGUGUUUUAUGUUAAAUUGACAGAGACAUAACAUAAAAGUGGAGAAGACGAAGACCCACUAAAGCUUUUAGAAUUGAGAGAGAGAGUACGUAGUAGUAGAAGAAGCAGUAAUGGUACGAGCUUCAUCGUCGAAGAAAGGAGGCGGAGGAGAUAAAGACGAUGCAGAAUCGAAACAGAGAAAGAAAUUAAAAACCCUAGCUCUCGACAACAAUCUGCUCUCCGAUUCUCCGGCGAGAUGCGUUUCCUCUCUCAAACCUUCCAAGCAAGUGCUGAAACAUCACGGCACCGACAUCAUCCGCAAGUCGCAGCGCAAGAAUCGAUUUCUCUUCUCCUUCCCUGGUCUUCUCGCUCCGAUCUCCGGCGCCACCAUCGGUGAUCUCGAUCGGUUGUCUACCAAAAACCCCGUCCUCUACCUCAAUUUCCCUCAGGGUCGCAUGAAACUUUUUGGAACGAUUUUGUAUCCCAAGAACAGAUACUUGACUCUCCAAUUCUCCAGAGGAGGCAAAAACGUCUUAUGUGAUGACUAUUUUGAUAAUAUGAUUGUAUUCUCUGAAUCAUGGUGGAUUGGGACAAAAGAAGAAAACCCUGAAGAAGCCCGCCUUGAUUUCCCUAAAGAACUGUCUCAGGCAGAGCAAACGGAGUUUGAUUUCCGAGGCGGUGCAGGGGCAGCAGCUUCGGUCAAGACGCUGGCGACUCCUGAAACUGGUAGCCAACCAACAGAGACAGACUCACCUGAGGUUGAAAUGGAGGAAGUUUUAUCCGAAGAUGGAGAGUUUCUUGACGAUAAGAUUCAAGUUACACCAGUUCAAGUAACACCAGUUCGACAAUCCCAGAGAAAUUCUGGGAAGAAAUUCAAUUUUGCAGAAGCCUCUCCAGAAGACUCCUCAGAUACAAGUGAUGGCAAUACAUCUGAUGAAGGAGAUGAGAAACCUCUUCUGAAACCUGAUUCAUCAACAAGAGGUCGUGAGGACUUUCAAGCUGGUACUAGUACUACUGCAUCAGCAGGCAAGUUGCUUACCGAACAUCCGGCUAAAAAGGAAAAAUCAAACAGCAGAGACGGUAAGCUCGUUCAAGCUACAGUCGCCAACCUAUUCAAGAAAGCAGAGAAGAAAACAGCUGGUACUUCAAAGGAGAAAUCAUCCUCAAAGGCUUAAAGAAGUAAGAACUAUGUUUCCAGAAGAAAUAGAGGUCUGUUGUUUCUUUGGCUGUUAGGAACGAGAACGAACAGUUUCUUG